AUGACAGCCGAUGUAAUUGUGCGUGGACAACGUGUAUUAGUUGAUGAUCAAUUAAAACCUGCUGCUGUUCAUGUAAAAGAUGGAAAAACAUGUAAAAUUACAGAUUACGACGAUGUACCUGACGGUAUUCAAGUAAUUGAUGCUGAAAACAAUGUGUUGAUGGGUGGUCUAGUCGAUAGCCAUGUUCAUGUUAAUGAACCAGGUAGAACUGAGUGGGAAGGAUUUUAUACAGCUACCCGUGCUGCAUGUGCCGGAGGUGUAACGACAGUGAUUGAUAUGCCAUUAAAUAGUUCACCAGUUACAACAAGUCUUGCGGCACUGGAAGCCAAAAUAAAUAUAUUACCAGGAAAACUGUUUGUUGAUGUUGGCCUCCUAGGUGGAAUUAUACCUGGUAACUUGAAUGAGAUUGAACCCAUGAUUGAACAAGGUGGUGUGGUGGGUUUCAAAUCAUUUAUGAUUCACUCUGGAAUUGAUGACUUUCCACACGUUAAUGAAAACGAUGUUCGCAGUGCAAUGGAAAUAAUGCAAAAUUUGAAAAAGCGUAAUGGGCGUGAUGUAGUGAUGAUGUUUCAUGCUGAAUUAUCUGAACCCGUUGAUCGAGCAACAAGUGAAUUAAAAAGCAACAAUGAGGAUAGCGGUGAUUAUAAAACAUUUUUGAAGUCGAGACCACGCGAAGCUGAAAAUUCAGCAAUUGCACUUGUCAUUAAACUUGUGAAAGAGUAUGAUGUUCAUGUACACAUUGUUCACUUGUCAAGUUCCGAUGCAUUGACUAUGAUUCAGCAGGCACAACAGGAUGGCAUUCAAAUCACAUGUGAAACAACAUUUCAUUAUUUAUGUUUGGAUGCUGAACAUGUUCCUCAUGGAAACACAUUAUUCAAAUGUUGUCCACCAAUACGUGAAACGGAUAACAAAGAAAAACUAUGGCAAGGUUUAAAAUCUGAUAUAAUCACUAUGAUUGUCAGUGAUCAUAGUCCGUGCACGUAUGAUUUGAAGAAAGGUGAUUUUAUGUCAGCAUGGGGUGGCAUAUCAUCCUUAGAAUUAGGUUUAUCCAUUAUAUGGACACAAGCUCGACAACGUCAAAUACCACUGAUACAAUUAGUAAAAUGGAUGAGUGAUAAUACAUCGGCAUUAGUUCAUUUACAACAGCAAAAAGGUCAAAUAAAAAUUGGCCGAGAUGCUGAUUUUGUUAUAUGGGAUCCUGAUUUUCAAUUCACAGUUGAUCAGGAAAAGUUACAAAUUAAAAAUAAGUGUACACCGUAUCAUGGGCAGCAGUUGUAUGGAAAAAUAUUAACGACAGUUUUGAGAGGUCAAAUUAUUUAUAAAUACGAUAUCAACAGUGAUCAAGGAUCGUUUGUUGACAAACCAACUGGACAGCGUUUGAUACCAAAAUAG